UACGGCGGCUACGGGCAAAACAGGUCUGGCAAUCGAUUCGAAGGCCUCGGCGGCGCUUGUAUAUUUUAUUCUACAUUUUUCGCACUCCUGGAAAUUCACUUAUCAGCAGUUUGGCAACAUUAAAUUUAUUAUCGUUAGUUUUACACACACACAAAAUAUAGUGUUUCUGGGUGUUACACGGUGGGCACUACACGCUCAGUCCUGCUGUGCUUUUUAAGUUCAAAAACUCUUCUCGCGUUUCUUGCUCUGUUUAAUUAUUAUAUUAUUUUAUUCGUUUUGUUUUGUUGUUUUUUUUUUAAUUAUUAUUAUUAUUAUUAUUAUUAUUAAUUAUUGUUUGUGGAUAUUUUACCAAAACGUCUCGUCGUUGCGGAUUGUACUUGGAUUUACACGUACGGUUUACGCGACUCCCGUCAGUUUAGCGACGACUGUUUUACCAACGUGUAAUAUUUACCAACACAGUUUAAGCACUGACAAGAGAAAAAAAUGCUCAUCAAAGAAUUUCGCGUUGUGCUUCCAUUAACAGUCGAAGAAUAUCAAAUAGCACAGUUGUAUUCUGUUGCUGAAGCCAGUAAAAAUGAAACUGGCGGAGGAGAAGGUAUAGAAGUUUUAAAAAAUGAACCUUUUUCCAAUUACCCUCUUUUGGGUGGAAAAUAUUCUGAAGGGCAGUACACCUACAAAAUUUAUCAUUUGGCCAGCAAAGUUCCUGGAAUGAUAAAACUUUUAGCACCAAAAGGAGCGUUAGAAGUCCACGAAGAAGCAUGGAAUGCUUACCCCUACUGCCGAACCGUGAUAACUAAUCCAAAUUAUAUGAAAGAAAAUUUCAGUUUAAUCAUUGAAUCGUAUCAUAUUGCCGAUAGAGGUACACAAGAAAAUGUUCAUGAAUUGCCUCCUGAAAAAUUGAAGCAAAGGGAAGUACAAAUGAUUGACAUUGGCAAUGAUGCCAUUGUAUCUUCGGACUAUAAAGAACACGAAGAUCCCAAAAAAUUUAAGAGUCAAAAAACUGGACGAGGUCCUCUUUCUGGAAACUGGAUAGAAACCGCAACCCCAGUAAUGACUUGCUAUAAAUUAGUAUCUGCUGAUUUCAAAUGGUUUGGACUCCAAAACAGAGUAGAAAACCUAAUCCAAAAAUCAGAACGUCGUCUAUUCACUAACUUCCAUAGGCAAGUGUUUUGUUGGAUGGAUCGCUGGCAUGGACUUACAUUACAAGAUAUUCGUGAGAUUGAAGAAAAAACUAGAGAAGAAUUAGAUAAACAAAGAAAUGAAGGAACCGUAAGAGGAAUGAGAGCCGAUGCUGACUAAAAAAAUUAGAAAAUUUAAAGAAAUCAACCAAAAUUUUUUAAUUUAAUUUAAAAUAUAAGCCAUAAUUUUCCUCUAAAAAAUUAACUGAAUUAGAAACCAGUCUAAAACAUGUCUUUGUUCAGUCUUAUUCUAUCUCCAAUAAUUGCUUUUCAUUGUUUUGAGACUGUAUGUCUUUUCAAUCGAAACUGUUUUAGCUUUUUAGUAAUUUUCUAAAAAUUCAGUUUCAUAUAUCUUCUAGAAACCAAUAACUUAAUAUUCAUUUACAUAGAAAGCAAAUCAUUCCACUUUCUAUUCUGUAUUUCCUUUAGUGUAUUUAAUUUUUACUUAAUAAUUGGUUUAUGGAUUCGUAGUUUUUACGAGUAUUCAUGGUGAUUGUAAACAAGAAUAACCAAUGGUAUUUAGUUAUCAGAAUUUAAUGUUUUCUAUGUUCGAAAAAAAAACAUUUUUAAAAUGUUUUUUUUUUUAUAAUUUGGAAGCAGCCUUGAGUAGGUUUUAAUUUUGUGGUUACCAUUUUAAAAUAGUGUUUAAACAAACGGUCAACUUAGAUGCAAAUUUAAUAGUUUAAACAUUUAAAAUAUUACUACAAGUUUAUUGCACUGCAGUUUUUAGAGAGAUAACCUUGACAAUAAUAUUAUUAUUAUAAUGAUGAAAAUUAUAAUUAAUAAAUUAUUACUAAUAUAAUUAAUAUUCAAUAGAAUGUCGUCAUUUUAGCUGUUUUAUUACAUUUUUGUCAAUAAUAAUUUUUUCUGGUUAGAAAUUAACGUAAAACCAAUGGUUACUUGUCUGAUUAAAUAGAAAAUGUAAUGUAAUAAUUGUAGAACCUUUGUUUUUAUUUCUCUAAGGCCAUCGUAGAUUGUUGAAUUUUAAUCUACAUAUGUAAAUUUGUAAUACAUGUUGACACCUUAUUGUAUUACUUACAAAUAUUACCAAAACGUAUUAGGGUUUAUCAAGUGUCUAUUGUUUAAUUUAAAUAUCUUCGCAUGAUUCUCUAUUGUAAUUACCAUUAAAUUGCAUUUAUGUGUUUUCGUAAUCUCGGUUUUUUUUUAGAUGUGCAACUAAUACAUAGUAGGCUUUCUUUAUCCAUGAAAAAAAUACCAUAAAUUUGUAAAUAACAUUUAAUGAAUUGUGUGAGUUGCUUUUGUUAAAUUUAAAAUAUAAAUAAGAAUAAACGCUUAUGUGUGUUAGUAGUUUCAAAUGGCAUUAAACAUUGUUGUUACUCGUUUUUAAAGUUUAAAUUUUGUUUAAACAUCUUUUAAAACCCUUAAACCAUUUUCGGGAAAAUAUUAAGGCUUUGACAUAAUAAUUGAUUUUAAUUUAUGAACUAUAUUUUGUAAUUGCAAAACGGUUCUUUCACUAAAAUAUUUAUUGUCUCUUGAAAAAUAAAUUUUAUAGCGUGUUUUAUUUUUAUAAUACUCCUAUACGUAUAUUGUAUUCUAAUUUGUUUUUCUUAAGUAUGCAAUACUUGUUUAUAACUUGCAUGAUUAUUAAAUUUUACCUUUGUAUCUACCAAUCAGGUGUACUUAUAUCAAAGUAGCAAUAUUAAUUAUAU